GCCAUCUUUUCGCCUCCGCCCUCCCAAACACUCUGCACCUCUCUCGUCGUCUCGCCGAGGAUACAUCAUGGCGUCUAUACCAGUAAUCGUAAAGCACCAGGGCAAGAAGCACGAGGUCGAGGUCGACACCACGUCCACCGGCGAGACGUUCAAGUACCAGCUCUUCUCCAUCACGGGCGUCGAGCCAGAUCGCCAGAAGGUCAUCGUCAAGGGCGGUCAGCUGAAAGAUGACGCCGACAUGUCCAAACUGGGCCUCAAGCCCGGCCAGACGCUGAUGAUGAUGGGAACGCCUUCGGGCAGCGGAACCGUCAUCGAGAAGCCCAAGGUCCCUACCAAGUUCCUCGAGGACAUGGACGAGGCAGAGGCCGCGCAACUCGAAGGCGCCACGCCCGCCGGUCUGCAGAACCUGGGCAACACCUGCUACAUGAACUCUACGCUGCAGACGCUACGGUCCAUUCCCGAGCUUCAGGACGAGCUCUUGCGGUACUCUGCCAGCAACGACGCCAGUUCAUCCAGCUCCGCGGCGCAGCUCAGCCAGUUCGGCCUCGGCGGUCUCGGUGCCUCGACUGAUCUCACAGGCGCCCUCCGCGACCUCUUCAAGCAAAUGUCCGAGACGCAGCAAGGAUUCCCGCCGCUCAUGUUCCUAAAUGCUCUCCGAACCGCCUUCCCGCAAUUCGCCCAAAAAGCAAAGGAUGGCCAUGGCUACGCACAACAGGACGCAGAGGAGGCUUGGUCACAGAUUGUAUCGCAACUGCGCCAAAAGCUGAAAAUCAGCGACAAGGAUGCGUCAGGUGCGGAUAAGCAGGCCAUGUCCUGGAUUGACAAAUACAUGUCGGGCAGAUUCGAGUCAGUCAUGGAGUGCGACGAGCCUGCAGCCAAGGAAGGUGGUGAGGAGCCAGUCCACAGCGAGGACCUCUUUUUCAAGCUCAAUUGCCACAUCAACGUCGAGACGAACCACCUCAGGGAUGGUCUGGCCGCUGGUCUGCAGGAGAAGAUUGAGAAGCGAUCGGAGGUUCUGGGACGAAACGCCAUGUACACCAAGACUUCGAAGAUUGCACGCCUGCCCAAGCACCUUCCCGUCCAUUUUGUCCGCUUUGACUGGCGACGAGACACCAACAAGAAGGCCAAGAUUAUGCGCAAGGUCACCUUCCCGGAAGAACUGGAUGCGCUCGAGUUUUGCACCGAGGAAUUGAGAAAGGUUCUGGCCCCCAUACGUGACAAGAUCCGCGAUGUUCGCAAGGAAGAGGAGGACGUCGAGCGCGCCCGCAAGCGACAAAAGCGCAUGAGGGCUGGCGAAGACAAUGACAGCGACCCUCUUGCCCCGAAGGAGCCUCUGCAAAAGAAGAAGGAGGCUGCGCAAAAGAAGGACGACGCCAGCAAGUCCGAGGAUACCAAUAUGGAAGAGGUCGAAUACAAGACCGACGCUCAAGUUGAAGCUGAACGUGCGGCAUCUAUUUUGGCUGCCAAGAAGGAGCUCCUCGCGCUUGUCGACCCCAAAAUGGCCGCUGAUGAUGGUGCCAACCAGACGGGUCUCUACGAGCUACGCGGUGUCAUUACUCACCAGGGCGCCAGCGCUGACAGCGGCCACUACACGUCUUUCGUCAAGAAGCAAGGCGCCAAGGACCCGGUCACGGGCAAGCGCAAGGAGGAGGACGGCAAGUGGUGGUGGUUCAACGACGAAAAGGUCUCCGAGGUUGAUGCUGAGCGGAUACAGACUCUUUCUGGCGGUGGACAAAGCCACUCUGCUCUGAUCCUCCUCUACCGAGCAGUCCCUCUCCCAUCGAUUGACGAGGAUGUGCAGAUGGGUGAGGCAUAGAGUGACUUGGUGUUCCAUCUGUGGAGGAUAUUUUCAGACACUAUAGUCGCCAUGUAAGAAAGCAAAAGCGUAGGCAGAGCGAACAUGACGCAUAGCACUGGCGUUGACGUUGCUAAAAGAGCUGUGAAGCGACUCACAACAUAUGAGUAAUGAUGGCACGACUUCUAGACUUGCAUUAAUAGACACG